GAUAUGUCCCGGCUCUGAGGUCCAAGUUGAAGUGCCGUUCGUCCCGCAGCGUCCACACAGAGAGCUAACUGCGGUCGGACUUGCGCCAACCACCAAGGUCGACGACCAUGGCCAGCGCAGGCGUACGCAUAGUCGCAGCUGUUCUCGUACUUACGGCCGGUUGGUCGUUCGCGGUACCUGCUUCGGACGAGGCGACGCAAAUAGAUUACACGGGGCACCGACUCGUAUCCGUGACACCCACUACAGCAGCCCAAGUAAGCCUGUUAUCGACCUUGGCGGACAAACUGCAGCUCGACGUAUGGCAAGAGGCCACCGCCGUCAACGCGUCGGCGCUUCUGCGACUGCGACCCGAAGUGGCCGCCGAGUUUGACGCCAGCGUUGCGCGAAUGGGUCUCCGCGUGACGACGAGGAGCGCGAACCUGCAAGAAGCGAUUGAGAACGAGCGACGAGAGAUGCGAUUCACGACCUACUCGACGACUCCGGUGCGCUUCGAGAGGUACUUGAAGUAUGCCGAGUUUAGCAACGCUUUGAAGCAGUACGCAAGGAAGUACGACCACGUGACCUACUUGUCCAUUGGGAGGUCGUACGAAGGAAGGAACAUCAUCGCUGCUCACAUCAAGACCAAGGAAAAUUUGCCCAUCGUGUUCCUGGAGUGCGGUAUUCACGCCAGGGAGUGGAUUUCUCACUCUGCCUGCCUCUACAUCAUCGAUCAGUUGGCGACGCAGUAUGACAAGGACGACGGCAUCCGCAACCUGCUGUCCCGGUACGAGUGGCGUAUCCACCCGAUCGUCAAUCCUGACGGCUACGACUACACGCACAACACGGACCGGCUCUGGAGGAAGACUCGCUCGAAGAGCCGUUUCUCGAGCACGUGCCGAGGUGCGGACGCCAACCGAAACUUCGACAUCGGAGGCUUCUGCAGAAUCCGUGCCAGCAGCAAUCCCUGCCAGGACACCUACUGCGGUGACUUCGCCUUCUCGGAACCCGAGUCCCGGGCCGUUCGGGACGCUCUGUGGGCGACCCAGGGUCGCACCGAGUUCUACUUCUCCAUCCAUAGCUUCGGUCAGCUCUGGAUGUUCCCGUAUGCUUACAGCGACAUUCCCGUCCCGGAGUACGACAAGCUGAUGAACAUCUCACUAAGGGCGAAGGAAGCCAUCAGAAAAGUGCAGGGUACAAAGUACACGGUUGGACCAAUUUCAAAGACAAUCUACCAAGUAUCCGGGAGCAGCGUGGACUGGGCCUACGAGAAGAUGGGCGUCAAGAAGUCCUUCGCCCUGGAACUUCAACCGUCCUGGCUCACGUUCCAGGGAAAUCUGGGCUUCCUGCUCCCGGCGAAGGAUAUCUUCCCCACCGUCAAGGAGACGUGGGAAGGGAUCAGGGCGGCCAUCGCCUAGACCUCGGCUCAUCAUUCACACUCUUGCAUUGUAUCACGGACAUUUAUCGCGAACCGCUGUAAAAGUGACGUUGCCUUGCUAUAAUAGAUAAAGGAUUGUGCGACGAAUUGUCAAUGCUACGCAUUUACAAUUCGCAUUGUGCUAAUUUACAUGCCUGGGGAGGACACAGACACUGUGUAUCAGAUAGGACGCCUUCGCAGACUCUGUGUAACAGCGCCCACACAGAGAGUUUUGUAUUGUUUGUUCCUGCCUCCUUUUUUCUCAUCUGUCGUACUUCUUCGACAUCCUUAGUACUCGAUGGCCAACCGGAGGUACCCUCUCCGCAAUAUCUCUCUCCUAAACGUCCAGUGUUGUCCCGGAAGGAAAUUUUCAGUUGUGUGUGCGUGGAGGGGUGGAGGAGAGGUACUCCACGCGUUUCAGUGAAUCUAUUCACAAGACGCAAAACACGGCACGAAAAGGAUUGAGACUAGUCUCUGGCACCCCGGUUCAAGUUCAUCCUCGCCCUUCUGUUACCAGAUGCCCCUAUAGCUGUGUUACCGGAUGCAGUGUGAUGGGCUGCAAACUCCACACCGCACUCGAUGGGUUGCGCUCGGCCGAACCAUUCUCCGGCAACUUUUGCAAGGCUAGGUCCGCAUGCAGCGAACACAUCUCCUCCUAUAGCACGUGCUGGUGGGAGAGUUGGUUAUGCAUAAUUACAACGAAGGCGCCAAAUAAAACAAUGGACGUAGGAAGGAGACACGAGACAACCACGUAGGCGCUACGUGGUUGUCUCGUGUCUCCUUCCUUAGUCUCUUGUUUUAUUUGGCGCCUUCUUUGUAAUCCUCCUAUAGACCCCGGCCAUUUCUUGCAGCAGGUCUCCAAGAGCCUUUAGGGGCGAAAGCAAUGAUGGUGCUUCCUUAAACCACGGCUCGGUCACGACUUUGAACGCCAGUGGCGGCAUAGUUCGAGACCAUCACCAUCAUCACGUUUUCGUGCAAAUGACAACCUGCGUAAAUAAAAGAACCCCGAAUACACGGUUUCAGAAUCUAUCUCAUGCGAUUUUGAUACUAGGAACUCUGUGUAGGUUCCCCGCGACAAAGUGCAACCGAAUGCGCCGUUAGGACAUCGGCAAAAUGUUAAAGCGACGCUGUCCUUGCUUGUACUUCUCCGACAUGGCGUGGCUACUGCCGAUAUACUAUGGCUGCUGUUUGUUGCUGGGUCGGCGGGUAUCUCGGAGGACAUAUUUUUGGAUACACACAGAAAGUAUACAUGUACGCCUAAGGCAGGUAGGUACCAGCAAACACUUUCAUGUAACCUCUGUACGCUGACCGACAAUGUAAUAUGACAGUGAGCGUAUCCCUGUUCUGGGUAAUAAAAUCGUAAUUCUCUAUGAAA